AUGUGCUGCGACGUUGUGUUUGCUCCGGUCGCGGAGUCGACUGCCGACAGCAAGGAGGAGCUCAGGAGUAACAUUGAAAAGAACUUGAGAUCUCUACUAGGAAGCCGCCUUGCUGGAUCGGCGCUACAAACGAUUGAAAACGGUGUGUGGAGGGGUAUUGCUGCCCUGCAGAGCCUUGUAUUUGACAGCACGGUUGCUUAUCACAAGGGAGAGGUGCGGCGACUCCGUGACCGCAAAGAGAUGCUCAAUGACGACAGCGAUCAGCAGCUCGUUCUACCGGGGCUCCAUUUCAAAAUUGGCUGGCAUUACUUGGUACUUCACAACUUUUCAAGCGCAAGGCAGCAGAUGUUGUCGGGUCUACACAAGAUUAAGACUCUGUUUCCCCUUUUCCCCUCCUUUGAGGCUCGCUUAUGUGGAUCUGUUUUUCUGUGGCACUUUUUGUUUUGUGUUUCUGUGAGUAAAGGUCAUCUCAGCAGUUCUUCGGAGGUGUACGAAGAAAUACGGUGCUUUGUGGAGUGGAUAGGGACGGCUUACGGUGGUAGCGUCAAAGAUGAGUGUCAGACGGUUGUCUUAGUUCUCACAAAAGUCAUGGAGGCGGAGUGGCUCGAGUACCUUGCCCGGAAAACAGAAAAUCUGGAGGCGCGACAGUGUUGUGAUUACCUUGUGGCGGCUGCGCAAGCGUUACAGGAUUGCGAUGCAUUUCUGCCUUCUCGUAAAGAAGACGUGGCCAUCGAGGCGCCGCCACACAUUGGAGAGGAGGAGCUGCUGGGCAACCACGCGCCUGCGUUGUGGAGGUCCUUCGAUAAAAGCGCUCUUCGUGGUCGGAUCACUCGGCUUCUGGCAGAAGCAAAGGCAGUGAGCUCGUGUCGCGAGACGGAGGUUGAGUAUCUUGCGUUUCUCGCCGGCAACGAGUUAAUUGACGGUGUCCCUGAUACCGAGGCGAUCGAUUGCAUGCUGGCGAAGGCGAGCAGCACGAUCAUCUCCCGGUUAGCUGAAAUGGCGUGGGGCAAUGCCAGUCCGUGGAGUGCUCUGUCCCCGCGCUUGACUGCUGCCCUCCUGCUGCAUGGCUGCGUUGACGCGCUGGGCCACGCGGACCAGGAAAGGUACCAUCGGCGUAUGCAGGAGUUGGAGGGGUGUCUCGACAAUGACGUCGUCCUGGAGUACCCGAAAGGAAGACUGCAGGCUCCCUUCACUGCUGUGGCAUACUUCGACGAGGAGGGCGCCAAGGUAGUUGGGGACUCUGCACGAGUGGUUAUCACUCUCUAUUCGACCUCUGCAGUGUGCAUCAACGUCGACGUGCGCAUGCUCACCCUCUCUUCCGCGACGGUGGCUGGAGCCACAGAGACUCAAGUGCCAUUUAGCCCGGCUCGGUGCUUUAAACUGUCUGCCUCGUGUUCACAAGAGCUUGCCGUCGACGUGCCGCUCUCACACAGUGGAGAGUUUGUUUGUACCAGCUUGACGGCCGACGUCCACGUUGGCGGGAUUUGUGCCACCACGCUGUGGCACUUCGCCGUCGGGUCCUCCAGUGUGGCGGGUAGGUCCGCAACCGGCACGCGCGCGGCGUUCUCUGCGAAAAUAUCUCGGCAGGUGCUGCAGGUGUCGAAUCCACCGACGAUUUUCAGGGUGGAGUGCCCCUCUCUCCUUGAGGCUGUCGAGGGAGAGUGCGCUGAGUGCGACAUCGUCAUUUCGUGUGCUUUGCUCGGGGUGCGGAAUGGCUACAUGACCCUUCCACGCGAGCCGAAGCUGUUCCGGGCCGUAUGUUGGACCAGCGCGAACGAGCAACUCCCUGUCACGGAGACCGGCGGCCAGGUGCGCUAUGCGGUACCGGACCUAGCAGCGGAUGAGUCUGUGCGUCUCCUUGUGAGUAUUGCCUGCGUUCACAGCGCCGAGUUUCGCCUCCCCAUCGUCUUUGAAUACUCCACAGAUCGCUACGGCGGCGUCAGUUGCUGCCGAACGCUACACAUAUCGGUUGACCCACCUUUCAACGCUGAGCACUCAAUGAUUGGUGGAAGCCUCUGGGGUGACGCGGUGGCGGCAAUGUCUGUCCCGUCGACGAGUUCGUCGUACGCACAGUACGACAAGAGCGUGCUGGUGAAGGCCGCCAACAUCUUCAGCUCACCGCUGGCCACCAACUGGAAGGACGACUGCUCCCUCUAUUUUUUCACGAAGGAGGCGACAGCGAAGGAGUUUGUGUUUCAGCUGGGUGACACCGUGACGCUAAGCAGCACGUUUCGGUGCACCGCGAAGCGGGGCAUCACAGUCCUCCACGCUGACGUCGUCGCCGGCGAUGACGUUGACGUGUUGUCGUUCUGCUGCGGCGAGGAGGGCUUGUUUCUCGAGGAGGGUGAGUGCGUCACAAUGGUGACGCGCUUUCAAGCCAAUCGCCUUGGACGGUUUAACCCAGGCUUCAUACGCGUCUUUUUCGCUCCCCAGCGCACAGCGACGCGCCUGUAUUCUGACGUGUGCAUUCCAACCGUCUACAUUGAGGACUUGGGGGUACGGGUGUCCGCAAAGUAUCCGCUGGUUACACCGUACGGGUCACCUCUUGAGUUGGACAUCUCCAUUUACAACGCGGCCCGCGUUCCGUUCAUUGGUGAGCUGUUACUGGACCCACAGUCAGAUGACUUUGUGUGCGCCGCCACGACGCGCAGGUCGCUUCAAAUCGGGCCGGGUGAAGGGAGUGUGACACGAUACGUGCUCACCCCUCUUCGUGCAGGUGAGCUGAGGCUGCCUCGUUUUCAUGUCCGGUGUGAUGCAACGUCGCGCCUCGUCGCCAGCGCUGAUGAGAGCUACGUUGUGCAUGUCCUUCCCUACGCUACUCAAGGGUAG